AUGGCGGGAACGCUACGUCGCUACUUCACGGCAGCGUCCGCGGCGUUCACGUGCAUCCGGAACGACACGCAGCUGCUGCAGAAGUCGCAGCACUUAUACGAUCAACUUGUGCCAUCAGCUGCGCGCACGAACGUGGACGAAAGCGCUGUGCGCAGUGGAGAGAUCGACUCUGAUCAGAUUUGGGCUUUGGUGGCUGUGGUAGCUACUGGAAUGACGCAGGAGCUUGCAAACGAGGCCGAAGAAGAAGGAGGUGGAGAGAGCGAAGAAGGAGAGGGAUCGAAGGCGGUGAAGUGGACUCUUGUGCAGCUUUUGGCCGAAGCAGGUGUUGGGGUGCAGGAGUUCUUGCGCUACUUCACGAGUCUGUUCAACCGCCUGCUGUUGGAGCCCCGACUGCUCGCGGCCACAACGCUGCUCAAGACGGAGUUCACCAUUGACACGCUACUGUUUGAAAAGUACCGUGUGCUUUGGCGAACGUCGAUGCAGACGGACUCGACGCAAACGAGAGACCACGCGACACCGCUGCACGGACCGUUUUCAAACCCGGAACCCGAGCAGCCAGUGGCUGACGACGAGCUGCAGACUGGUGCGGAGGUACAGUCUCGCCAUCGACUGUUAUUUGAAGGAGGGUGGGUGCUGUUUCUACUGGCGAAACGGAGACUGACAAGACAGUAUUCUGGACUCGGACAACUCUACACAUUGCUCUUGGCGACCCUUCAUUUGGUGCUCACUAAUGCGACUCGGACGGCUCACGUGACUGUGGAGGCGGAAGUUGCUGCAGCGCUGAGUGCACUGGGAGACCUGGGCGAGGGAAGAGUGUCGCCAAUGAAGUCGAAAGCUGAAGGAAAAACGAGUGCGCAGAUUCUAAACACUUUGUGUGCAGCGCCGAGAAUCAAUUCAGCUGACGUCUUGCGCGCAUCUGACCACUUGGAACUUGUUCUGCAGCAGCUGAGCAAGGAAGGUGUGGUGCAGCACGGGGCUAGGGAACUCGCGGUGUCGAGAAUGACACUAUUUGGUGAUGCUGUGCUUGCAGAGAACGUGACGCGGCUGUCGGAGAAGUAUGAGCAGCAAUAUCUCGACCGCUGCGGCAGUCUAGACGAGCGCUUCUUUCUAGACACACACAUUCGACAGACCAUCAUGGGGGCGAACGUUGCUGGACAAACGGGUAAAGGCGGUAGCGAGUCCACGACGGCAUCAAGUGGUGGAUUGAGUACAAGCCGAGGCGUUCCGCAUGAUAUGCUGUCCCCUGUGCGGCGCAACAUGGUGGCUAGACGACGAGGCAAUGGUUGUACUCCUGUCACAAGAGGAAUGGUGACACCCCCUCGACACCGUCAGCAUCCUUUCCACGGUCGUGUAAAUUCGCCGUUGAUGCAUUCAUGGCAGUGGCAAGGUUCGCCUGGAGGAAAACACAGGUCUUCUGCCGAUGCAAGUCUUCGCUUAUCGCCGUGCUUUCUCCGAACGCCGAUUACUUCAGCUGUAGAGACAAACAACUGGGUGCGGGAUACACUGUCAAGCUCAAUGUCGACACCCGUAACGCCACAGCUUCAUCGGCUCUUUGCUGAUUGUGUAGUGGACCCGACAGAGCGUAUUGCGCGUGUAUUGCGUGACCACUCGGAACUGCUGUUGGCAGCACGCAAGACAGGUCGGGUUACAUCGGGUAACACUUGUCCGACAUCGUUGACGGUGGUUGGAGAUAACGAAGACGACGUCAAUGAUGACAAAAGUGACACACCAUUUUUGUCGGGCGUGGAUGACAGCUUGAAUCGGACGAAAAGCCUGACCGUCGUGCUUUUUUACCGAGUGCUGGAGUCAUUGCUACUGUCAGAGCGCGAGCGACUACGCACGAACGACUUUUCCAAGCUGCUCAACAACGAAGUAUUCCUCGCGGCGUUGUUUGCAUGCAGCGCCGAGGUGGUGCUCAAAGCCCACUCGCUUAUCACGAUUUCGUACCCGUUUUUGCUCGCGCACUUGCACGUAAACGCUUUUCAUUUCGUGACCACGAGCGAAAGCUUUGUCAAGUACGCUCCGAGCCUGCCUUCUGGUUUAAAAAAGCACAUGGGUGACGUGAAGAACUGCGUAUUGGACUCGCUGGUCUGGAAAUCAGAUUCUGCGCUGUACCAGCUUCUUGCUGGAGCUCGACGCUCCGCCAGCUCUUUCGGUACAGCUGCUUCCCCGAGUACCCAAAGCUUAACAGACCGUUCGAACAAGGCUGGUAGUAAUGGUGUUCUGCAUGCGCCUGUGCUUCGUCUCUUUUUCCGGAUGGUGUUUACCUGCGCAGCAUCCAGGAUUCAUGAGCUCUGCAAUAUGUUGGGCUUGGACUCGGCGGACCAAAACCAGAUCUGGACUGCAGUGAAGGAAUGUAUCACAUCACACCAAGAGCUUCUGCGAGACCGUCACUUGGAUUUGAUCAUACUGUGCAACAUCUAUGCCGUAUGCAAAGUGUCGCGUGGCCCGGACGUUUCUCGUGCGGCGGCGACCAUGUCCUUCAAGCGCUUGCUGGCAUGCUACAGGCAGCUUACCCGGCAGUUUCGGACCGGCACGACUUUGGCAAGUGCAAGUCCGCUUGUUUCGUCGCGCAACAGCGAAGGUGUGACGCACGACAUCGUUCUUGACGCCAAGGGUUCUCGGGGAGACAUUAUCAAGUUUUACAACCGGUGUUACAUCACGUCCAUGAAGAGCUUCAUACUGCAGUUUCAGUUCCAAGAGUCACAAAUGGCGGCAGCUGAUGCUGUCGUUGCGGAGGCCUCGAAAGGGUCUCGAGUGCUAACGCCAGGAUUCUCUUCCAGCAAGUGUAACAUGGGCGUGGCAGAAUCUACUUCGGACGCAGAAUGUAUUGCACGAGCUGCAUCGGAAGCUGUUCAGCAGCUUUUUCAACCUCACGGCAACCCCAGCAUCGACACCCGUGGCCGAAGCAGCAUACCCCCGAGCACGCCACCUCGUCCCACUUGCCGCGGUGUGCGAUCGUUGUCUUUUGCUUCGUCGCCAGCCGCAUCGGCGCUGCAGAUGUUCACUACAGCCGAAGUGCAAGCGCUGCCUGUAGCAAUGUACCAGGUAUCACCCAAGCGCGUCGAGUCCUCGAACGUGUACAUGUCUCCAUUGCAACAAGUACGACUGGAUCGGCGGUCGCAGCUAACACCACGUUCUCAUGCUCUUUAUGCGAUCGGCGAGAGCCCCGCGCGGGACCUCGCGUUGAUCAACCGCGCAGUGAACACAGUACCUGCUAAUCUGCGUCGUGUACAUGCCCCCGACUUUGUGCUGGAAAGCGACACCGAACAGGGCGGCAUGAGCGCCAGCCGCCGUAUCAAUCCUGUCCGCAAAAAACAGAAGACAGCGUCGUAG